UACAUACCAGUGCGCUGUCAGCCAACAACAACAUACUAAAGUGUUUGCCACAUAUGCAACCACUUUAUACAAACAUAUGACUUAACUAACUAACUGUCCAUCACUACUACACCUGAACCGUAACCAUACAUAGGAUAGGACUGACUGACUGACCACUUGGACUGACUGAUUGUCCGGUUGACUGAAGACAGAAGAACUAUAGUUGUUAGUGUCUGACCCGCGAUGUCGUCGUCGUCGGCCGAAACUAUGGAUGAACUUAAAGCCCGAGUCCGACAAUUGGAAAAACAGUUGGCCGACGAACGACUGCUGGCCAAUCGGUCAUCAAUUAAUGACAGCUCUGUUGGCGGCCGGCAAAAGAUCGAAACGAUGAGCUCCGAAGUGGUCGACUCUAAUCCGUACAGUCGACUAAUGGCACUGAAGCGGAUGGGAAUUGUUGACAACUAUGAGCGGAUCCGCGACUUUACCGUAGCCGUAGUGGGCGUCGGCGGUGUAGGUUCGGUAACAGCCGAAAUGCUGACCCGAUGCGGUAUCGGUAAGCUGUUACUGUUCGACUACGAUCGGGUCGAGUUGGCCAAUAUGAAUCGGCUGUUUUUCCAGCCCCAUCAGUCGGGUAUGUCGAAAGUAGAGGCCGCCCGGGCAACGCUGGCCAAUAUCAAUCCCGACGUUGAAUUUGAAACCUAUAACUAUAAUAUAACGACUGUCGACAACUUUGACGACUUUUGCGGCCGAAUCAAGACCGGCGGUAUCGACAGCGGCGGCGGUAAACGUCCAGUAGAUCUAGUGUUGAGUUGUGUGGAUAACUUUGAGGCCCGAAUGGCCAUCAAUACGGCCUGCAAUGAACUGAAUCAGAUUUGGUUCGAGUCGGGCGUCAGCGAAAAUGCCGUUUCCGGACACAUUCAGUUUGUCAAACCGGGAGAAACGGCCUGUUUUGCGUGUGCGCCGCCACUUGUGGUCGCAUCGAAUAUCGAUGAAAAAACAUUGAAAAAAGACGGCGUAUGUGCGGCCAGUUUGCCGACAACUAUGGGCAUUGUGGCCGGUUUUCUUGUCCAAAAUACAUUGAAAUAUUUGCUCGGCUUCGGUACGGUUAGCCGCUAUCUCGGCUACAAUGCAUUGGACGACUUUUUUCCCACUCUAUCGAUGCGUCCGAAUCCCGGCUGCGACGACAGCUAUUGCCGUCGGCGACAGCAAGAGUUCGAUGCAUUGCCAAAACCGUUGCCGACGGCUACCGAUACUAUGGCCUCAGCCGCUGAUAUUGUACACGAAGACAACGAUUGGGGUAUUUGUUUAGUAGACGAAUCGGUAGCGACUGUGGAGAACCUAGAGAUUGGUUCGUCGGGUGUAAAACUGGCGUACAGUCAGCAGCCGAUUACCGCCGCCGCCGAUGAAGUAGUAGAGACCCAAUCAGCCAAUAAUGAUGACCAAACAUUAGAAGAAUUAAUGAAACAAAUGAAACAAUUAUAAUAUAUUCAAAAAUAUAUCAUAAAAACAAUUUUUGAAAUAAUUUCCAGUAUUUUUAUUAUUAUUAUUAAUAAAUUUUUUAAUUAUGUAUACUAUCGGUAAUAAUUAAAUAAUAAUAAAUUUUUUAUUUUUUUUAAUUACGAGAGUAAAAAUUGCAUCCAAUUUUCAAUUUUGGUUUUUUUUGUUUAAUAAUAUACUAUUGUUUUGUUUGUUUUUAAAAUCAAUUGGAAGUUAAAUAUAUAGUGUUUAUACUGUAUAUAUUUGUAUGUAUUUUGUUGUUUUUUAAUGUUGUAUAAAAUAAUUACAAUUGUUUAAUAUUAUUAUUAAUAAUAUGUUUCGAUAAUAUAAUUCAAAUUUUUUUUUUUUAUAAAUUUUAAUUAAACCCAAUCU